ACAUUAGACUCUAAGAGUACUCUAUAUAAUUAAUAUAAUAUAGAGUUCUAGUCUAGAAUCUCUAGGAAAUACUCUCUAGGAGUCUAGAUCAGUUAGACUAAUAUAGAGCCUUAGAUCUAAGUCAGUAAUUGUAGAUAUCUAGUCCUAAUAAAGCCAGUACUGAGAUCUGAAUAAAUAUGCACAAUGUCUUGCACUGAUCUCUGGCCCAUCGCCUUGUCAGUUUUUAUAAUCGUUUCAAGUCCUGUCUUAUGCAAAGGUAAAACAAAUGGAAGAGUGAUACAGACAUUAGAGGAUGAAAUCGGGGCAGAAAAUUUCACCUAUUACAAAUUGCAUCGCUCGGGUGCUCUGCGUCUGGAGUUAAAAAGUUUGCUUGGAGACGUAGAUAUUUAUGUUAGCACAGAAGUACAGCAUCCAGAUUACUCAAACUACGAUUUGAAAUCUGAAACUUGUGGCCUAGAUGUUAUUCAAAUACCAUCAACUAUGUCAAGGCCAGUCUACAUUGCUCUAUUUGGACAUCCUAACUAUCUUCUCUCUAAGUAUCGUCUGUCUACCCUGGAGGUGGAAGAGCCUGCAUUAGAUGACUAUGAAAUUUUGGUUGAUAAAUAUGAAAGAUAUUAUUAUGAAGAGAUGGAAGGCUAUCCAGAAGAUUCUAGUGAUGAGAAAAGUUCAAAGAAUAAAGAAGAAAUCCAUUCUAGUAACAGUGUGGAAGAUGAGCUUCCCAUGUGGUGGAAAAUAUUGUUGAGUGUUUUGGAAUUUGGUAUAGAGGUGAUAUUGUGAUGCAGUUCAAUGUCUUCAUGUGGAACUGGUGCGAGAGACAAUUUUUAUUUAUUCAGCUGCCGGUACAUAUUGCAGUGUUUGUAUAUCUGAUUGUAUAAUGUACUGAUUAUCUGUCUAUACUGUAAGUUGACUGUUUUGAAAAAUUCCACUGAAAAAGAAAUAUUGUUGUAUUAUAAAUGUUACAGAAAACUAUCAGAUCAUGGUUAGCAUGUAUGCUAGGUUUUUUUUUUAAAUCAUGUUUCUAUUUUAAAACUUUCCUAUAUCAAAGCAAUGUAUCCUAAGAAAUAAUGGAAACUUGAAUUUUUGAAGUCCAAAAAUACCCAGGCUAAUCCAACUGGAAAUAGACCUGAUAUUAACACCAGCCUUAUUUAACUGCAUUGCAUUACAAUGCGAAACUUAAAUACAUAGUUUAUAUGUACACAUUUAUUGAUAUAUAUACAUUUGUUGACAUUAGACUUAUGAUGAUCAUUUUCUUUCAAAAAUGUAUUAUUUAACUGGACAAGUACUGACUUUGUGAUAUUUACUCACACCUAAGUAUAAAGGUCAUUAAGUGUCUUAUCGACAUGCUUUCAGCUAACAAAAAAAAAAGUUAUAAACUCACAAUUAACAGACUGAAAGUGAUGAAAACUGUUGUCUGUGUUGAAAUCAAAUGUUUGGCACCCUAACCCAUAUAAAUUGGUCUCCAGCAAAGUCUGUAGCCUCUACUGUCUUGAGAACCUCCACGAAGGUGCGGUACUAAGUUAUACGAAGGUGUCCCCCAUAUCUGCCUCCUUGUGCAAUUCAUUCUGUCGGAGGACAUGCCCUUGGAAACCUCUUGCGUUGCUGGAUCACAACCUUAUUAAGUCGCAACUAGCUGUGCAUAAAAUCUAGUAAGGAUAUGGAGCCAGCACAGAAAUUGUUUGGGUAAUUACCAAUGUAGGCACAAAGGUGUUUGUGAGAUUUGUAUGCACAAUUAGUAAUACAUAUAAGAAAGCUUUAUUGUUUUAUUUCAGAUGUGAAUUUAUAGAUGCACCAUAUCUAGUGUUAUUUGACCACAUUGUGUAAAUGGUUAUGCUAUAUGUCUAAGGUUACUUGACUAUGAUCUGUAAAUGUUUUAUCCAAUAUUAUGUCUAUUUUUACAAUACCUCUAUUCAACACAGAAUUUAGCGGAAACUUCUGGGUGGAACCUGGGUGGACACGGAUCUCGAAAACAUCUCUUACGAUUUUCGUACAAGUUUGACAGUCGCUGUGUAUUGUUGGGAAAAGAAUUAUUAGCUAGUUGGGCUCUUUGGGUAAACCCUAGUCUGACCGUUAUAAUUUUUCAAAGUAAAGAAAAGAUAUUUAAAUUUGGGUAGAGAAUGAAUAAAUAUUUAUCCUGAAUGGCCUAUAUGUCUUCAGGUACUUCCACAUUCAUUGUCUCAUUGAUGUUCAGGAAACUAAGUCUAGAUCUAAAGGCCUUUCAUUGGAAUAUUAUAAAGUGUAGUAGAUCUAUACAUUCGCUUAACCAGGAGAGUCUUUCUCGGAGGGGGCAUGGGGCGGGGUAAAAAAUGCCCCAUUGUUUUUUUAAUCUAACAUUCAUUAGUUAUUAAGAAAAACAAAAAAAUCGCUCUACAAGUUCUAUAAAGGAGGUACAUGUCUUUUUUUAAAAAAAGUAUUUUAAAUGUUUUUCUUGUCAUUUUACUCAAUACCCAGCAUCUCUUGAUUGUGAAAUGUUAAAUGAUUAUAAUUGAUAAAAAGUGAGUAUAUACUAAAUGCCCAGUGUGUCUAUGAUGAAAGUACGGAUGAUGUAUGUAUGGUCAUCUUCAAUAUCAAGUGUGAUAAGGACAUAAUUGUGCUAAAAGGCCAAUGAACUAUUAGUGUAAAAUGUUAACUAGAUUUAAAUUUCAACUGUUCAAUUUUGUUGAGUUUCCCUUAAACGCAAAAUAUUUAUUUUAAAUAAUUAAACCUGAAAUGACAA